AUGCCCGCAGAGGCAGACAGACUUCGUCGUUCGAAAAGAAAUAAAUUUUUUCUUCACGUUUCGCCGCACGGUACGACUGACCGCCGAAGAACUCAACCUGCUUCCAAUUCUUCACCUGUUAGGGAAGAACCGCAGUCUCGAGCACAGUCAGCAAGCCCAAUGAGGGCCAGUUCAUCAACUCCCAUUGAUGACGAGAGCAAAAGACCAAGACGUGCCAACCGCAGUUCAAAUUUCUAUUACGAAGAUGAUUCAGAAGAGGAAGAUGACAGUCGUGUUUGUGGAAUGUAUGGAGUGCACAAAUGUAAUAAAUGUCCAUCUCGAUUCGAAACUCGCCCAGGAUUAGCAAAUCAUAUGCGAUUACAUGGAGGGCUGAAUCGUAAAAAUACUUGUAAAGAUUGUGAUUUUUCUUGUGGAUCUCUGAAAGCUAUACGUAAUCAUAUUAAAUGCCAUCGCCGGUUAGACAAGGAGGCGACUCCUACACAUAGUGAUACUCGCAGUGAGGAUAGUAACAAUUCUCCUCCUAAAUUAACUCCAGAAGUACAUAAAGAUAAUGUUGAAAUGAGUGACACAAGCCCACCUGAGCUGAAAGUUCCCGAAAACCUUAUAAUGGAAUCCAAUGCCAAAAAAAGUGAUAAACCAGUGGCUAAAGUGAAUAAGGAUACUCCUCCAAAGAUUUCAAAGUUGAUCAACAAAAUCAUAGAGUGCGAACACUGCCCUUUCAAGAGUAGAAACCAGUGUCGUAUGAAAAUUCAUACCGAAGGACAUCGUAAAAUGACAGGCUUCCGAUGCCAUAGGUGCUCUAUGACAGUUUCUAAUUGUGGACUUUUGAAACUUCAUAUAACCCGUGUUCAUCAAGAACAUUCUGAUUUUCAAUGGCCACCAAAGUACUUCGUUGAUGGUGUUGAACAAGCUAAUGGUCCAGUAGACGUUCCAAAAGCUUCAGCUGAGAAACUAGAAGACAAGCGGAAAAGAAGAGCUCGACUGUUCCCUCGUGAUGGCAAACGGAAAGAUACAAAACUAUACUGUCCGGUCGGAGAUUGCACAUAUUAUUGUUAUACGGGCAACCAAAUGGCAACCCACAAAUACUGUCACCACCCUCAGAAGACCAGUCUCAAGAAAUACCACUGUGUUACAUGUGGAAUGGGAUUUGAUCACCGCGGAAAGUUAGUUUAUCAUCGAUUACGAGCUCAUCCAAGACGUAAACUUCAUCCUCGAGUAAAAUCCAUGUUGUUCGAAGAAGCCCGUGGACGACAUUUCCUCAAAGGAAUUUAUAAUAAUUCUCGAGCUCAAGCAUCCCAGGAUAUCGCUGCGUUGGAAGAAACUGCGACAUCAGCAUCUGUUGAUCCAGUCAGUACUAUCACACCAUCACCAGUUCCGGAGCCUAUGGAUGCUAUCCAGCUCAUGAAUGUUCAGUCUAGCAUUGAAACUGUAGUGAAUGGUGGCAACGAGCCUGCAACACCAAUUUCUACUAUAAUCAAGCCUACUCCAUUAGUUGCUGUCUCACAAACGGAUCAGUCCGUGGCAUCAGCCACUAAUACGAUUGUUCAAAUGUCGAAUCCAAUGUUUAAUACACCACAGGCCGUUAUAUCAGCUUCGCUAUCGAGUCUAGCACAGGGUUCGCCACAAAUCUCGGUCUCCACUAUUGCUACUCCUCAGUUAGGUAGCAAUGGUCAUAUUGGAUUGCCUAUCAACCAAGCAAAUGCUCAGUCUCUACUAGCACAUCCAGGAAUGUCAAUGUUCCACUUGCAAGGUUCCUUACAAGGACAUAUGAUUCCUCCAAUGCCUUCUCUGCCAAAUGGUUUACAUUUGGCACAAACAGGAGCUAUGAUGAUGUCGGGAGCUAAUAGCGCAAUGUCUCAAAUGCAUCCGAACACACUGCAAAAUUCACUUGCUGCUCCAGGAGCUCAGUUCUUGAUGGCUCAAGGAAGUCCUCAGCUCGCUCAUUCACAACUGAUGCACCAUCCAUCUAUGAUGCAACAGAUUUCACAAUCUCAACCUCGCUUUGUCAAUAUCCCCACUUUUUUGAAAGGUGUUUCUUGCGAGGUUAUUGAAGUUGCCGAGCUGCCACGAAUCCUUGAUCAAGCUUUCAAGUGUAAUCUAUGUCCUUACAGUACUACUGCUAGAACUAAACUGGAAAAGCAUGUAGCUAGGCAUGAUGCUCCUAGCGAUAUGAAGUGUCCUAUAUGUACAUAUCAAUGUAGAGGAGAGAGUUUUAUGCAGCAACAUUUCCGCACACACGUUGCUUUAAUUCAGAGAAUUACUCGUUUAACCAUUAAUAAUCCCAAUGGUGAUAUGGCUGCUUCGAUUAUGUUACCGUAUAUGCCUCGGUAUCAUCCUGUCGUUCAAGAACUCACUGCUGCUGCAGCUAUUGCAGUGGCUGGUAGUUUAGGGCAGUUUAAUGCUAAUAUGCCGCAAAACAUUUAUCAAGUACCCCAUGGUUUUCCCUCGCCAAUCUCGGGCCCUUCUGUGUCCUCCGCUCCCGCAACAGUAGGAGCUGCUGCAACUGCUGCAGUGGCUGCCGCUCGUUUAAUAAGAAACGAUCGUACCACCAGUCAAGGAAAUCGAAAUAAACGUGAACGAACAUUCGUUCCCGUCGUUCUGCCUGAUGGAACAAGGUUACGUCGUUGUCUAGAGUGCCCGUAUGUGUCUAAGCAUUCUUGCGAUAUUUCAACUCAUUAUCAAAUGCAUUUAUCAGCUCCCCAAAAAUUCCGCUGUAGCCAGUGUACUUACUCAACUAAGCGAUCAGUUUGUCUGAGAGCUCAUUUCGAGCAACAUAGAGCUCAGAACGCCAGCGAGUCAACCGCCCGCCCACUCACGUUAAAAAUUAACGGGGUUCUAGUUGGGAUGAGAUCUGGUACUGGAAAACUCAGAAUCUACUCAUGUCGACUCUGUCCAUUUGCUUCGCGAACUAUUUCAGCUCUUUGGCGACAUUCCCGAAAUCAUAUUUUUGUUCGCAGUCCUGCGUAUCGUUGUCCCAGCUGUGAUUAUUUCGGAUCUAAAGAAGUUCUGGAGCAACAUGUUCUUCUCCACUCGUCCGAAGUGCAUCCAAUACUCCUACGUUCAUCGCAGACACCUCCUUCUCCAGCGAAACGGGAAAAUGGUGAAGUCGUGACACCUAUCUCGAACAAGAACCUGACGAAAACCAAGAAAUCAUAUAGUAGACCAUCAACGGAACCAAGUAGUAAAGUGCCAACACCUAAAUCCGCUACUCCUCCUCCUCCGAACUUAUCGCCGGCUCCAAUUUUAACUAAAAUUGAGGGUGAAGUUGCGAUUAAGGCAGAAGAGAUUAAGCAAGAACUUGAGGGUAAUAAAGCACCUACGUUGACGACAUCCACUUCCAGCAGAAAUCUGAAAAAUGCUGAAAGCGUCAAUAUGAAGUUCGAUGACCCUCUUAGCAUUGAUAUUCUGGAAGAUAUGGCAAACGUUCAUCCCUUAUUGGAACGAUUACGAAAAGAAGAAAAAUGCCAAGAAACUGGACAAUGUCCUGAUUGUCCUUAUACGGAUACUGACGAAUUACUAAUGAAAAUCCAUCGUGACAUGCAUUCCCAACCUCCCCGAGCACACCAGUGCGAGUUGUGCUCGUUCAGUUGUAGUACUCCUCAAUGCCUGCACAGGCAUAUCUCACUUCAUUUACCACCAUUAAGCCCCUCUUCUCUGGCUGCUUUGAAACAGAAAAAUGCUACAAGGAGGAGGUUCCAGCCACCUGAAACCAUUCCAAACGGAGUCGCUGCUUACUCAUGUUAUAAAUGCUCUUUCAAGACGAUACAUAAUGAUAAGCUAACUGAGCAUGUUUAUCAACAUGUUGAAGACUACAGACGUCGGUUGAAUACAACAACAAAGAGAGAACAAUUGAACGAAGAGUCGAAGAAAAUUAAAACUCUCCGAAGGAAUGCUCGCAAAUCAGACAAAUUCUAUUCUUGUGAUCUGUGCUCUUUCCGAUGUGAAACGAUCACAGCAUUCUCCAGGCAUAAUGAAAUGCAUUCCUUGAACGGACUUUACCGAUGCUCGAUGUGCACCUACAGCGCAUUUACGAAAAGUAUUACAACUUUCCAUGAGAUGAAUCAUCACACUGAUCAUUCGUUAACUAAUCUACAGAAAAGCGCUUUGCUCGCUCCGAACGCUAUUCAGAUGAAAGUCGAAGAUCCCACCUUAGACCUUCAUGAACUUGCUGGCCAAAUUUUUAGUUGUGUUCGAUGUAAAAACUUUUCCUGUCUAGAGAGCCGCGAAUUAGAGCUACAUUGGCUAGAGAAUCAUAAUGACUCGCAAGAGGAUAAAGAUCGAGCGAUGUUCAUGUCGUUUAGCUUGUUUAGAGCCAAUGGAAUAGCCACAAUCGCUUGA